AAAAAUGGCGAAAGUUAAAACCGCAUAUUUUAUUAGAAAUGGUAAACUCUGUGCUCCCCUCAGUGGAAGAAAUUCGAUGGGUUUUUUCAAACCGUUACUCAUUUGUCAGAUGCAAAAUUUUAUUGGUAAUUUCGGAUCCAUAAACUCUGCAAAAAUUUUAUCGUAUUUUCCGGAGAGGUACGGUUUGCCUGCAUGAAUGAUGGUGGAGUGAGUUACUAUUGGCGCCCGCGAUUUGCCAAUCACAAAGAUGGCGGUGGACAUUCGGUUAGCAACGGCGCGAAAGCCCGUUUCUCUAUCAACUGAAAUUACUAAACAUCUGGUAUCACCGGGAGAUACGAUCACAACAGAUACCGGUUUUAUGAGAGGCCAUGGUACAUACAUGGAAGAUGAAAAGCUCAUUGCAUCUGUUGCUGGGGUUGUGGAACGAGUGAACAAGCUGAUAUGUGUCAAGCCACUUCAAACAAGAUAUAAUGGCGAAGUUGGUGAUGUUGUGGUGGGCAGGAUCACUGAGGUUCAGCAGAAACGAUGGAAAGUGGAAACUAACUCCAGACUAGACUCGGUGCUCCUCCUCUCUUCUGUUAAUCUUCCUGGAGGAGAAUUGAGAAGAAGGUCUGCCGAGGAUGAGCUGAUGAUGAGGGACUACCUGCAAGAGGGAGACCUGAUUAGUGCAGAGGUACAAGCUGUCUUUGCAGAUGGUGCCUUGUCCUUGCAUACCAGGAGCCUGAAGUAUGGAAAGCUAGGACAAGGUACCCUGGUCCAAGUUUCUCCUUCCCUUAUAAAACGUCGUAAAACUCAUUUUCACAAUUUGCCUUGUGGCGCAGCUAUCAUCCUGGGAAAUAAUGGCUUCAUUUGGAUUUAUCCGAUCACUGAACAGAAGGAGGAUGAAGCCGGAGGAUUUGUGACUAAUCUUGAGCCAGUUUCUUUAUCGGACAGAGAAGUGAUCUCACGACUCCACAAUUGCAUCUUAGUCCUGAGUAGUCAUAAGAUGAUGCUUUACGACACCAGCGUUCUCUAUUGUUAUGAGGCAUCAUUGCAUCACCAGAUUAAGGAUAUUCUGAAGCCAGAAAUAAUGGAAGAAAUAGUGAUGGAGACAAGGCAACGGUUAAUAAAUCAGGAGGGCUAAUAUCAUGCACUAAUUUGAUUUUUCUUAUUUUUGUAAAAUACUGUAAUAUAUUGUAUUUGUUGCUGGAUCAUAUUAAAACAAUUUAUCUUUAUGUACUAAUAACUAACAUUCAUUCAGUAUCUUUAAUAUAGUAAAAUUCCAGUUUAACAACACCUUGUACAGAGUUUCACAUUGACCCUUUUAAUGAGUUACAGUGGCAAGAAAAGGUUUGUGAACUGUUUGCAAUUACCUCAUUUUCUGCAUUAAUGCGUGGUCUAAUCUUCAUCUAAGUCACAAAAAUAAACAAACACAAUCUGCCUAAACUAAUAACACACAAACAAUUGUACUUUUCAUGUCUUAAUUGAACACAUAAUCAUUCAUGGGCCAGGCUGGAGAACAUAUGUGAACCCUUGUAUUUCAUAACUGGUAGAACCACCUUUAGCAGCAAUAACCUCCACCAAACGUUUUCUGUACCUGCUGAUCAGACUUACACAAUGGCAAGAAGGAAUUUUAGAACAUUCCUCCAAACAAAACUGGUUCAGUUCAUCAAUAUUUCUGGGAUACCUUGCACGAACAGCCCUUUUCAGGUCAUGCCACAGUAUCUCAUUUGGGUUUAAGGUCUGGUUUCUGACUUGGCCAUUACAAAGCACAAAUUUUCUUUU